AUGUUUGCUGCUGAUCCACAUCCUUCCCUGCCCAGCGUAGCCCCCGUGAGAAUCACAGAACGGCAGGAUUGGCUUUCUGGGAAAGGAUGGGUCCUGGACCAGACCAGCAUCUUCGCCCAGGUGGAUGCGUUUGUCCAACGCUGCAAAGACCUCUUGGAGGUGUGCGACAGCCAGCAACACUUCGCCCGCUGGGAAGACGGCAAACAGACCCCGCUGCCCUGUUUCUUUGGUCAACAAGGCCCUCAGAUGACCCGCAGCUUGCUGGAGAUCGAGGAGACCUUCAAUAAAUAUCUCAACAACCUUCGGAACGUGAAGGGAGGAAUUCUGGAUGUGAAGAACACGACCUGGCAUGAAGACUUCAGCCGUUUCCGCGCAGGAGUCAAAGACCUGGAAGUCAUGACCCAGAACUUGAUGACUUCGGCCUUCGAGACGGUGAAGGAUGUAGAACACGGGGUGCAGAUUCAGGACAUCUUCCAACAUCUGUCAUCCCGAGAGGCCAUCAAGCGAACCUUCGACAAGAAGACGGUGGACGUUUUCAUGCUCUUCAACCGGGAGCUAUCCCUGGUCAACAAGGAACUCAGCAAGAAGGCCCCAUUCCUGACGCCAUACAUGUGUCAUUAUUCAGGCAUGGCCCACUGGAUGCGCGCGCUCCGGCGGCGUGUGGACAGACCCAUGAAGUGUCUCACCAAAGCCCACUUCAUCCCUCACAUUGGGACUGGAGAAGAGAGCUUCCAGACCUAUCAGCUUCUGGUGCAGGCCAUGGAUGAGAUCGAGAGGAAGACCUUCCACGAGUGGACCCAAGGCUUGGACAAGGACAGCUUGAAGCGUCUGGACACCCCGCUCCUCAUCACGAGUGCCGAGAUGCCAGGAAUGCUGGACAUCAAUUUUGACAAGCACCUGCUAAAAUUAUUUGUGGAAAUCCACUACUGGGAGAGGGUGCUCUUUGAGAUCCCACAUUACGUGGUGGAGGUGUACGAACGGAAGGAGGACCUGAGGAACCUGAGGGAGAACCUUCUGCUGGUGGUCCGAGACUACAACAGGAUCAUCGGCAUGCUGUCCGAUGAGGAGAGGGGCCUCUUCCGGGAACGCAUCCGCUACCUGGACCGGAAGAUCCAACCUGGCCUCAAGAAGCUCCACUGGUCCCUCAAGGGAGCCAGCACGGUCUUCAUCUCGGAGUGUCGUCUCCAUGCCAGCAAGGUCCAGAACAUUGUGAACGAAUACAAAGCGGCCACCUUGGCUAUUGCUCGCCGGGCCCAGCAGAUGAGCGAGGCUCUGUUGGUCCGGAUCACCGGGAAGCGAGUCUACAACGACCUGGAGUUUGAAGAGGACCAGAAAGAGCACCGGGACAUGGUGCAGAAGAAGCUGGUCACCUUCCACGAAGGCAGCAUCGCCAUCAUGCGGCAGACGUACGAAGUCUUCAAGAACGAUGGGUCGGAGGUCCAGCAGCACUGGUUCAACUACACGGUCAGGAUGAACCGGAUGAUGGAGGACGCCCUGCGGCUGAACGUCAAGUGGUCCCUGAUGGAGCUCUCCAGGGCCAUCAACGGCGAUGGCAAGACCAGCCCCAACCCGCUCUUCCGGGUGAAGGUCAUUCUGCAGGACAACUCUCCUGGGCAGACUCCCCAGGUGGCCUUCUCCCCUUCGCUUCUCCAGCUGGCAAGCAUGGUCAAUGACAUCAGCAGCCACCUGAUCUCCAGCAUCACUGUCUUCCGGCAUCUUCCGGAGAUCCUCGUCCGGCGGAAGUUUGCCCGCGACCCCAUUUCUGUCCUCGUGGAGCGGGAUGAAGACAUCAAGAAAAUCCAGACUCAGAUCAGCAAUGGCAUGCAGAACAACGCUGCCCUCCUCCAGGCCUACCUGAAGACCUGGGACGUCUACCGAGAGAUUUGGGAAGUCAACAAAGACGCCUUUAUCAACCGAUACCGGCACCUCAACCCACUGGUCUCGUCCUUCGACGCCGAUACUGCUCGCUACAUGGAGGUGGCCAACAACGCCCAGAAGGAGGAGACGGUGCUGAGCAUCCAAUUUGUGCUGCUGGAUUGCUCCCACCUCAAAGCCGCCGUGGUCCAGCACUGUAACGAGUGGCAGAACAAGCUGACCAACCUGCUGAAGGAGAUGGCCACUGGCCGCUUGCGGGAACUGACCGCCUACCUGCAGGACAACGCAGCUGAUAUCGGCCGUCCUCCGCAGACCCUGGAGGAGCUGAGCCGAAGCCUCCAGCUGCACGAGACGCUGCAGAACGACCUGCUGAAGAUCGAGGGGCAGAUCCCCCCCAUCCACGAGCAGUUUGCCAUCCUGGAGAAGUACGAGGUCGUGGUGGACGAAGAGGUCCUGCAGCUGCUGGGUGAUUUGAAUUCGGAGUGGCUAGCUUUCCAACAAUGCCUCCUGGACAGCGAAACCAUGUUGAAAAAGCACAAGGAGAAGUUCAAGACGGGCCUGAUCCACUGCGCAGAUGACUUCAAGAAGAAGGCCCAAAAUCUCCUCCAGGACUUUGAUAUGAAUGGUCCCUUCACCAGUGCCGUCUCGGCUGACGCUGCCCUGGAGCAGAUCAUGGCCAUGAGGCAGUUACUGGCCACCAUGAAGGAGGAGGAGAACGCCUUGCGCUCCAACCUGGGCAUCUUCAAGAUUGACCAGCCCGCCUCCAAAGACCUUCAGAAGCUGGAGAGGGAACUGGAUUACAUCCAACAAGUCUGGGAGAUCACGAAGGAAUGGGAGGUCCACUGGGAGGAGUGGAAGAACGGGAGCUUCAAGACCUUGAAGACGGAGGUGAUGGAGAACACCGCCUUCGCCCUCUUCCGCAAGCUGAACAAGCUGAGCAAGGAGCUUAAGGACCGGAACUGGGAAAUAAUUGAGACCUCCAAGGCCAAGAUUGAGCAGUUUAAGAGGACCAUGCCUUUGGUCACGGAUCUCAGGAACCCAGCUUUGCGAGAGAGACACUGGGACCAGGUGAAGGACUUGGUCCUUCGGACAUUCGAUCAAGAUGCUGAGGACUUCAGACUGGAAAAUAUCAUUGAAUUGGGCUUGGACAAACACGUGGAGAAGAUUGCUGAGAUUUCUUCCUCAGCCACCAAGGAACUGGCCAUCGAGCAGGCUCUUGAGAACAUCGCGAAGACCUGGGCUGCAACCUCAUUGGACAUUGUCCCGUACAAAGAUAAAGGACACCACCGGAUCAGAGGAACCGAGGAUGUCUUCCAGGCUCUGGAUGACAAUCAGGUGGCCUUGUCCACCAUGAAGGCAUCACGUUUUGUGAAGCCGUUUGAGAAGGACGUGGACCGGUGGGAACGCUGCCUCUCGCUCAUCCUGGAGGUGAUCGAGAUGUUACUGACCGUCCAGCGUCAGUGGAUGUACCUGGAGAACAUCUUCUUGGGAGAAGAUAUCCGCAAGCAACUGCCCGGUGAAUCGUCCUCCUUCGACAACAUCAACAGCAGCUGGAAGACCAUCAUGGACCGCUUUGUGAAGGACAAUAACGCUCUGAGGGCUACUCAUUACCCAGGACUCCUGGACAAACUGGUAGAAAUGAACAGUGCUUUAGAAGACAUCCAGAAGUCCCUUGACAUGUACUUGGAGACCAAGCGUCAUAUCUUUCCCCGAUUCUACUUCCUCUCCAACGAUGACCUCUUGGAGAUCUUGGGCCAGUCCCGUAACCCGGAGGCCGUCCAGCCCCACCUCAAGAAGUGCUUUGACAACAUCAAGUGCCUCAAAAUUCAGAAGAUUGGGACCAGCCAGCGAUCUGAAGCCCUCGGCAUGUUCUCCCUGGAUGGGGAAUAUGUGGACUACACCCAUUCCGUGCUGCUGGAAGGACCUGUGGAGGAGUGGCUGUGCGACGUGGAGAGGGCCAUGCGCUGGACGUUGAGGGAAGUGCUACGGAAUUGCCGGCUGGCCUUGAAGAAGAUGUUGACCAAGAGAGACAAAUGGGUGAAGGAAUGGCCUGGACAGAUGGUGAUCACCGCAAGCCAGAUCCAAUGGACGACCGACGUCAGUAAAUGCUUGGCCACCUGUAAGGAACGCGGUGACAAGAAGUACCUCAAAGCGAUGAAGAAGAAGCAGAUCUCCAUGCUCAACAAAUACUCGGAGGCCAUCCGGGGCAGCCUGACCAAAAUCAUGCGCCUGAAGAUCGUGGCGCUGGUGACGGUGGAAGUCCACGCCCGGGACGUCAUCGAGAAGCUUUACAAGAGCGGCAUGUUGGACGUGACGUCCUUCGAGUGGUUGAGCCAGCUUCGCCUCUACUGGGAGAAGGAUUUGGACGAUUGCGUGAUCCGGCAGACCAACACUCAGUUCGCUUACGGCUACGAGUAUCUGGGGAACUCCGGACGGCUGGUCAUCACCCCUCUGACUGACAGGUGCUACAUGACGCUGACCACGGCCCUCCAUCUCCACCGAGGAGGGUCCCCGAAGGGCCCCGCGGGCACCGGCAAGACGGAGACCGUGAAGGAUCUGGGCAAGGCCCUCGGCAUGUACGUGAUCGUGGUGAACUGCUCGGAGGGCCUGGACUACAAAUCCAUGGGGCGCAUGUACUCCGGACUCGCCCAGACGGGAGCCUGGGGGUGCUUUGACGAAUUCAACCGCAUCAACAUUGAGGUCCUCUCGGUGGUGGCCCAGCAAAUCCUCUCCAUCCUGUCCGCCCUGGCGGCCAACAUGACCCGGUUCACCUUUGAAGGCCACGAGAUCAACCUGGUGUGGUCUUGUGGCAUCUUCAUCACCAUGAACCCAGGCUACGCCGGGCGCACGGAAUUGCCGGACAACCUGAAGUCCAUGUUUCGUCCCAUCUCCAUGGUGGUCCCGGAUUCCACCCUCAUCGCCGAGAUCAUCCUUUUCGGAGAAGGCUUCAACAACUGUAAGAUCUUGGCCAAGAAGGUCUACACCCUCUACUCCCUGGCCGUGCAACAGCUCUCCAAGCAGGACCACUACGACUUCGGCCUGCGGGCCCUCACUUCCCUCCUGCGUUACGCCGGGAAGAAGCGCCGGGUGCGGCCGGACCUCUCCGAUGAAGAGAUCCUCCUCAUGGCCAUGAAGGACAUGAACAUCGCCAAGCUGACCUCCGGGGACGUCCCGCUCUUCAACGCCAUCACCCAGGACCUCUUCCCGGGCAUCGAGUGCCCCGUCAUUGACUACGGCAAGCUGAAAGAAAUGCUGGAGGGGGAGCUGAGGGAGCUGGGGCUGCAGGUCAUCCCCUUCACCAUCAUGAAGGUCAUCCAGCUCUUUGAGACCAAGAACUCCCGCCACUCCUCCAUGAUCGUGGGCAACACCGGCAGCGGCAAAACCAUCACCUGGAAGGCCCUGCAGGCCACCCUCUGCAGCCUCCACAGGAGCGGAGACGCCGGCUUCAACCUGGUCCGGGACUAUCCCCUGAACCCCAAGGCGGUGUCCCUGGGCGAGCUGUACGGAGAGUACAACCUCAGCACCAAUGAGUGGACGGACGGCAUUCUCUCCAGCGUUAUGCGGACGGCCUGCGCAGAUGAGAAACCGGAUGAAAAAUGGAUCCUUUUCGACGGACCGGUGGACACGCUGUGGAUCGAGAGCAUGAACUCGGUCAUGGACGACAACAAAGUCCUGACCCUCAUCAAUGGGGAGAGGAUCGCCAUGCCCGAGCAGGUCUCGCUGUUGUUUGAAGUGGAGAACCUGGCGGUCGCCUCUCCCGCCACCGUCUCCCGAUGUGGGAUGGUUUACACCGACUACAGUGACCUGGGUUGGAAGCCGUACGUCCUAUCCUGGAUCGAGAAGCGUCCGAAGGUGGAAACGGAAACGUUGCAGCGGAUGUUUGACAAAUUCACCAACAAGAUCCUCAACUUCAAGAAGGAGAAUUGCCAGGAGUUGGUUCCCAUCGUUGAAUACAGUGGCAUUGUGUCUCUCUGCAAACUCUUCUCGUCCUUGGCCGAGGAAGGGCUGAAUCUCACCGACACCGAGAACUACACCACCUUGGUGGAGAUGUAUUACGUCUUCAGCAUGAUCUGGUCGCUGUGCGCAGCCGUCGACGAGGAAGGCCGGAAGAAGAUCGACAGCUUCCUGCGGGAAAUCGAGGGAUCCUUCCCUAACAAGGACACCGUCUACGAGUAUUACGUGGACCCCAAGAGGAAGCAGUGGGUUGCCUUCGAGGACAACCUUCCCAAGAUGUGGAGAUACCCUCCCAACAUCCCCUUCUACAAGAUCAUCGUGCCGACGGUGGACACUAUGCGGUACAACUAUCUCGUCAACGCCUUGAUUGCCAACCAACAGCCGGUGUUGCUGACCGGCAUGGUGGGCACGGGGAAGACCUCCAUCGCCCAAGGGGUGCUUCAGUCCCUGGACAGCGUCAAGUGGGCCGUCUUGGUCAUCAACAUGUCCGCCCAGACCACCUCCAACAACGUCCAAAGCAUCAUCGAGAGCCGCGUGGAGAAACGCACCAAGGGCGUCUACGUACCCAUGGGAGGGAAAAGCAUGAUCACCUUCAUGGAUGACCUCAACAUGCCGGCCAAAGACACGUUCGGUUCGCAGCCUCCUCUGGAGCUACUACGGCUUUGGUUGGACUACGGCUUCUGGUACGACCGGACCAAGCAGACCAUCAAACACAUCAAGGACAUGUUCCUGAUGGCGGCCAUGGGACCUCCCGGAGGAGGGCGUACGGUGAUCUCCAGCCGUCUGCAGAGCCGGUUCAACCUCAUCAAUAUGACCUUCCCCACCGAUUCCCAAAUCCGUCGCAUCUUCGGCACCAUGAUCAAUCAGAAGUUGCAGAACUUCGAGGAGGCCGUCAAACCGAUCGGGAACGUCAUCACCGAGGCCACGGUGGAGCUCUACAACAGCGUGGUCCAACGGUUCCUGCCCACGCCGGCCAAAAUCCACUACCUCUUCAACCUCCGGGACAUUUCCAAGGUCUUCCAAGGCAUGCUGAGGGCCCACAAGGACUUCCACGAUACCAAAGCCAGCCUGACCCGUCUCUGGAUCCACGAAUGCUUCAGGGUCUUCUCGGACCGCCUGGUGGACAGCCCCGACAUGGAGACCUUCGUGGCCCUCCUGGGAGAGAAGCUGGGCACUUUCUUCGACCUGACCUUCCACCACAUCUGCCCCAACAAGCGCUCGCCCAUUUUUGGUGACUUCAUGCGCAACGUGUACGAGGACAUGAUAGACAUGGGCAUCCUGAAGGCCGAGAUGGAGCGGGCGCUGGGGGACUACAACCGCACCCCAGGCGUGGUACCCAUGAGGCUGGUGCUCUUCCGGGACGCCAUCGAGCACAUAACCCGCAUCGUCCGGGUGAUCAGCCAGCCCCGUGGCAACAUGCUGCUGGUGGGCAUCGGAGGGAGCGGGCGCCAGAGCCUGGCGCGCUUGGCCUCCUCCAUCUGCGAGUACUACACGUUCCAGAUCGAGGUCUCCCGCCAGUACCGCAAACAAGAAUUCCGAGAAGACAUCAAGAAGCUGUACCGGCAGACCGGGGUUGACCUGAAGCCCACCACCUUCCUCUUCGUGGACACUCAGAUAGCGGAUGAAUGCUUCUUGGAGGACAUCAACAACAUCCUGAGCUCCGGGGAAGUGCCCAACCUCUACAAAUCGGAUGAGUUUGAGGAGAUCCAAAGCCACAUCAUCGACGCAGCCCGGGCCGAGGGGAUCCAGGAGAGUCAGGACAGCCUGUUUGCCUACCUGAUCGAAAGAGUCCGGAACAAUCUUCACGUCGUGCUGUGCCUGAGUCCUGUGGGGGACCCCUUCAGGAACCGGAUUCGCCAGUAUCCUGCUUUGGUGAACUGCACCACCAUCGACUGGUUCUCGGAGUGGCCGAAGGAAGCCCUGCUGGAGGUGGCGGAGAAGUAUCUGGAAGGCGUCGAUUUGGGCACGGUGGAAAAGGGCAGCCUCGACACGAUGCAAAAGCGAGUGGCUAAAAUCUUCGUCACCAUGCACUGGUCAGUGGCCAGAUACUCUCACAAGAUGCUACUGGAACUCCGUCGCCAUAACUACGUGACACCCACCAACUACUUGGAGCUGGUGUCUGGCUACAAGAAACUUCUGGCCGAGAAACGGAAAGAGCUUUCCGAUCAGGCCAACAAACUUCGCAACGGCCUCUUCAAAAUCGACGAGACCCGAGAAAAAGUCGAGGUGAUGACCUUGGAGCUGGAGGAGGCCCGGAGGAAGGUGGCCGAAUUCCAGAAACAGUGCGAGGAAUACCUGGUGAUCAUUGUCCAGCAGAAGCGGGAAGCCGAUGAGCAACAGAAGACGGUGUCGGCCAACAGCGAGAAGAUCGCUGCCGAGGAGAUCAAGUGCAAAGCGUUGGCUGACAAUGCCCAGAAGGAUCUGGAGGAAGCGUUGCCCGCCCUGGAGGAAGCCAUGAAGGCUUUGGAGUCCCUCAACAAGAAGGACCUGACGGAGAUCAAGUCCUACGGCCGGCCACCUACGCUGGUGGAGACCGUGAUGCAGGCCGUCAUGAUCCUGCGGGGCAAUGAGCCCACCUGGACGGAAGCCAAGAAGCAGCUAGGAGAGCCCAACUUCAUCAAGCAACUGGUGUACUUCGACAAGGACAAUAUCUCCGACAAAGUCCUCAAGAAGAUCAGCGCCUACUGCUCCCAGCCGGACUUCCAGCCGGACAUCAUCGGGCGGGUCUCGGUGGCCGCCAAGUCUCUGUGCAUGUGGGUGCGAGCCAUGGAGAUGUACGGGCGCAUCUACCGCGUGGUGGAGCCCAAGCGUGCUCGCAUGAACGCCGCCUUGGCGCAGCUGGCAGAGAAGCAGGCAGCCCAGGCCGAAGCCCAGGAACGGCUGCGAGAGGUUGCAGAGAAGCUGGAGAUGCUGAAGAAGGAGUACGAGGAGAAGCUGGCGCAGAAGGAGGAGCUGCGCAAGAAGUCCGAGGAGAUGGAGAUCAAACUCGACCGGGCUGACAAGCUGGUCUCCGGCCUGGCCGGGGAGAAGAUCCGCUGGGAGGAGACCGUCAAGGGCCUGGAGGAAGACCUGGGCUACCUGGUGGGCGACUGCCUCCUCGCCUCAGCCUUUGUGUCCUACAUGGGGCCCUUCCUGUCCAUUUACCGAGAUGAGAUGCUCUCCCACAUCUGGAUGAAGCAGAUCCGGCAGCUUCACGUGCCUUGCUCGCCCAUGUUCACCUGCGACAGCUUCCUCUCCAACCCAACCAUGGUGCGCAACUGGAACAUCCAGGGACUGCCCUCCGACGACUUCUCCACCGAAAACGGGAUUAUCGUCACGCGAGGAAACCGGUGGCCUCUGAUGAUCGACCCUCAAUGCCAGGCCACCAAGUGGAUCAAGAACAUGGAAGCCAAGAAAGGCUUGAAGAUCAUCGACCUGCAGAUGCCCGACUACCUGCGCAUCCUGGAGUCGGCCAUCCAGCUGGGCUCCCCGGUGCUACUGCAGAACGUGCAGGAGGAACUGGACCCCACCCUCGCCCCCAUCCUCAACAAGUCGGUCACCAAAGUGGGUGGGCGCCUGCUGAUCCGGCUGGGGGACAAGGAGGUGGAGUACCACCCCGACUUCCGAUUCUACCUCACCACCAAGCUCUCCAACCCUCACUACACGCCCGAGACUUCCUCGCAGACCACCAUCGUCAAUUUUGCCGUCAAGGAGCAGGGCCUGGAGGCCCAGCUGCUGGGCAUCGUGGUCCGGAAAGAGCGGCCCGAACUGGAGGAACAGAAGGACUCCCUGGUGCUCAACAUUGCGGCCGGCAAGAGGAAGCUGAAGGAGCUGGAAGACGAAAUCCUCAGGUUGCUGAACGAAGCCACCGGCUCCCUGCUGGACGAUGUUCAGCUGGUCAACACCUUGCAGACCUCCAAAGUGACCGCCACGGAAGUGACGGAGCAGCUGGAGACCAGCGAGAUGACCGAGAUCAAGAUUGACACUGCCCGGGAGGCAAGUACCCACUUUGCUGGGGUUCUUCUACGCAGGAGAGUUUCCAACCUCAGCCCCUUUAACACGGGUGGACUUCAACUCCUAGAUUUCCCCAGUGGAGAGAUUGCAGAGGAAGGGAUUGUAAGAGAAUAAGCAUGUCAUUCGGGUAUACAUGUCGAAAGGAAUGCA